AAAUAUUAAAAAAAUUAAGAAUACUUUAAAUUUUUAAAAAUGAGUUAUUCUAGUAAUGAGGAUAUACCAUCAUCAGCUGAGCAGAGAAGAAAACCUGAUCAGAUAGUCAAAAAAAUACCAGAAAAUUUAACACCCGGUCGAACUAAUUUACGAAAGUGGUUGGGAAGAAGUUUUAGGGUUGUUAUCACUGAUGGUAGAAUUUUAAUUGGAUAUUUCAAUUGUACUGAUAAGGAUGCCAAUAUAGUUUUAUCUUUAUGUGCUGAAUAUUUAGAAGAGGGUGGUGAACCAAGAAUUCUAGGUAGCGUUAUGAUUCCUGGUAAACAUAUUGUUUCAAUUGAUGUUGAAAGGAAAAGUUUAAAUUUUGAUUAUAGUUAGAAUAAAAAUAUGUAUAGUGCGAAAAAAAGCAUAAAAACGAAAAAUCUUGCUAAGUCAUCUAACACAAUUUUUAUUAUCUAAUAAUUUUUACAUUUUUUUUUCUCAAAUAACAAUAAAUUAUAGCAUAA